UGUGACUCCGCCCACAGGGGGAGCCCGCGGAGCGCGGGGUCAAGACCGCUGACGACCCGGCCCCGGCGCGGGGUCGUACCGGGCGCGUCCGGGGGUGGCCCCGCUGAAGGGGGCUUGGCACUCCGCGCCCCGGCUCUCCCCUCCCGGGGGCGUGGGCGCGGGCACAGCCCCGGUUCGGCCUCCGAAGUCCCAGUCCCGGAAGUUCCCCUGAGGAGCCGCGGGACGCAGUAAACUGAAGCUCAGAGAGGAACUGUGAUUUACCCUACAUCACACAGCCAGUAAGAGGUAGACGUAGGAGUCAAACCAAGGCCUAACCCCAGUGGAGCUCUUCACUGUCUCUCCAGGAGGCAGCAUCUCAGAGGCAGGGUGGCCACUGCAGCAGAUGCGGAUGUGCCUGACAAGAUGAAGAGCCGGAUACCCGUGGUGCUCCUGGCCUGUGGCUCCUUCAACCCCAUCACCAACAUGCACCUGCGCUUGUUUGAGGUGGCCAGAGACCACCUGCACCAAACAGGAACGUACCAGGUGAUCGGGGGUAUCAUCUCUCCUGUCAGUGACAACUACAGGAAAAAAGACCUUGCAGCUGCCCACCACCGAGUGGCCAUGGUCCGGCUGGCCCUGCAGACGUCUGACUGGAUCCGGGUGGACCCCUGGGAGAGUGAGCAGGCGCAGUGGACAGAGACGGUGAAGGUGCUGAGGCAUCAUCACAGCGAACUACUCAGAUAUCUGCCCCAGGAGGAAGGUCGGGGCCACGGCAGAGCUGUCUCCCCAGCACCCGCAGCCGUGCCUGAGCUGAAGCUGCUCUGCGGGGCAGACAUCCUGAAGACCUUCCAGACCCCCAACCUCUGGAAAGACGAGCACAUCCAGGAAAUAGUGGAGAAGUUCGGCUUGGUGUGCGUGGGCCGGGCUGGCCACGACCUGAAGGGGUACAUCUCGGACUCUCCCAUCCUGCAGAGGUGCCAGCACAACAUCCUCCUGGUCAGGGAGCCAGUGCAGAACGACAUCAGCGCCACAUACAUCAGGAGGGCCUUGGGCCACGGGCAGAGCGUGAAGUACCUGCUCCCGGACGCCGUCAUCGCCUACAUCAAGGACCACAACCUCUAUUCCACGGGCAGUUCUUGGAAAGGCAACAGCGCCCAGAACAGCGAAGGAGAGGCAAGCUAGGAGGGCCAGCCUCUUCUUCACUGAGCUCCUCCUGAGGAGAGAGCGUUCGGUCUUUGUUUUUCUUUUUCCUUUUUUCCAUUUUUCAUUUGUUUUCUUUCAAGAAUAAUUUUACUUCUGAGGAGUCUUCUGUCCCAGGAAGGGAUGCCUUCUUUCGGGAAGAGCAAGUGUCUCGAGGAUGAACAUUUAUCAAAGAAGUUAACAUGGCGUGGCAGGCCGUUAGGAGUAGGCAAAAGCUCUCAGCACCUUUGGGUGAAGAGGCCUUCUCAUUUCGUAAGGGGUACUUGUGACAUGCACAUUGAAGGUGGUUCUGCGCAUGGCAGGGUCCCCUGUGGGUCACAUCAGAAUUGCCCACAAUGCACUUUUUAACUAGGACCAGGUGCAGGGUGGUCUUGAUUGGAGAGAUUUGACAGGAUGCUAAUUAACAAACAGUGGGCUUUGUCAACACCAGGUUUCAAACAAAAUACCAACUGAGAACUUAAAAGUUUGGAAGCCACACUUUUGCUGAUUUACACCAGAUCUUCCUUUAAGAACCAGGAUCUGCCUGCUUACUGGCCAUUGAUAAAAUUUCAACUAAAAUAUUUCUAAGCAGUGAUCCUCAAACAAUAUUUUUGAUACAGCAGAUAUUUUUAACACAGCUAUUCUAUAAAUGCCCGAGCUCUUGAUGUCCAGGUUUCUAAGAAGAAACUGAGGUAAGACAGAUGCCUCGACUCUGUUAGAGGAUCUUUCUGAAUGUUUAAUGAUGGCCUGCCUGUUUGAAUAUUGACAAAGGGAUAAAUAAUAAAUUGACAUCAAAAACUACUAAUGAAAAGUUUCU